AUGAGGGAGCAUGCUGCUUCAUGUCCUGGAGCCGUGUGCUGGAACACCUGUUCAAGAGCCGUGGUGAAAGAUGGAAGUGAAGCACAGUUGGAGGAUUGUCAACCCCAUUCAGCUGUCACCCAUGCAGCAGCUCAACCGGACAGCAACGACAACAACAGCAACAACGACAAUGACAACAACAGCAAAGACGACAACAACAGCAAUGAUGACAACAACAGCAAUGAUGACAACAACAACGACAACAACAGCAACGACAACAACGACAAUGACAACAACAGUAACGACAACAACGACAACAACAGCAAAGACAACAACAACAGCAAUGAUGACAACAGCAACAACAACAACAACGAUGACAACAACAACGAUAACAACAGCAACGAUGACAACAACAACAGCAACGACGACAACAACAACAACGACAAUGACAACAACAGCAACGACGACAACGACAACAACAGCAAAGAUGACAACAACAGCAAUGAUGACAACAGCAACGACAACAACAACAACGAUGACAACAACAACGAUAACAACAGCAACAAUGACAACAGCAACGAUGACAACAACGGUAACAACAGCAAGGAUGACAACAGCAACGACAACAGCAACGACGACAAUGACAACAGCAAUGACGACAAUGACAACAACAGCAAAGACGACAACAACAGCAAUGAUGACAACAGCAACAACAACAACAACAACAAUGACAACAACAACGAUAACAACAGCAACGAUGACAACAACAACGACAACAGCAACGACAACAACGACAGCAAUGAUGACAACACAAAGAUGACAACAACGAUGACAACAGCAACGACAACAACAGCAACGCUGACAACAACAACGACAACAGACAAUGACAACAACAGCAAAGACAACAACAACAGCAAUAAUGACAACAACAGCAAUGAUGACAACAGCAACGACAACAACAGCAACAACGUCAAUGACAACAACAGCAAAGACGACAACAACAGCAAUGAUGACAACAACAGCAAUGAUGACAACAACAACGACAACAACAGCAAAGACGACAACAACAGCAAUGAUGACAACAACAGCAAUGAUGACAACAACAACGACAACAACAGCAACAACAACAACGACAAUGACAACAACAGUAACGACAACAACGACAACAACAGCAAAGACAACAACAACAGCAAUGAUGACAACAGCAACAACAACAACAACAACGAUGACAACAACAACGAUAACAACAACGACAACAACAGCAAUGAUGACAACAGCAAUGACAACAACAACAACGAUGACAACAACAACGAUAACAACAGCAACGAUGACAACAACAACGACAACAGCAACAACAACAACAACAGCAAUGAUGACAACAGCAACGACAACAACAACAACAAUGACAACAACAACAACAACAGCAACGAUGACAACAACAAUGAUGACAACAGCAAUGACAACAACAACGAUGACAACAACAAUGACAACAACAACAGCAAUGAUGACAACAGCAACGACAACAACAACAACGAUGACAACAACAACGACAACAGAAACGAUGACAACGACAGCAAUGAUGACAACAGCAACGACAACAACGAUGACAACAACAACGACAACAGCAAAGAUGACAACAACGAUGACAACAGCAACGACGACAACAACGAUGACAACAGCAACGACGACAACAACGAUGACAACAGCAACGACAACAACAACGAUGACAACAACAACGACAACAACAGCAACGCUGACAACAACGACAACAGCAACGACGACAAUGACAGCAACGAUGACAACAACAACGACAACAACAGCAACGAUGACAACAACAAUGAUGACAACAGCAACGACAACAACAACAACAAUGACAACAACAACAACGACAAUGACAACAACAGCAAUGACGACAACAACAGCAAAGACGACAACAGCAAUGAUGUUAACAGCAAUGACAACAACAACGAUGACAACAACAACAACGAUAACAACAGCAACUAUGACAACAACGACAACAACAGCAAAGACGACAACAACAGCAAUGAUGACAACAGCAACGACAACAACAACAACGACAACAACAACAACGUUGACAACAACAACAACGUUGACAACAGCAACGAUGACAACAACGACAACAACGACAGCAAUGAUGACAACAGCAACGACAACAACGACAGCAAUGAUGACAACAGCAACGACAACAACAGCAACGAUGACAACAACAAUGAUGACAACAGCAACGACGACAACGACAACAACAGCAAAGAUGACAACAACAGCAAUGAUGACAACAGCAACGACAACAACAACGAUAACAACAGCAACGAUGACAACAACAACGAUAACAACAGCAAGGAUGACAACAGCAACGACAACAGCAACGAUGACAAUGACAACAACAGCAACGACGACAAUGACAACAACAGCAAAGACGACAACAACAGCAAUGAUGACAACAGCAAUGACAACAACAACAACGAUGACAACAACAACGAUAACAACAGCAACGAUGACAACAACAACGACAACAAUGACAACAACGAUGACAACAGCAACGACGACAACAACGAUGACAACAGCAACGACAACAAUAACGAUGACAACAACAACGACAACAACAGCAACGCUGACAACAACGACAACAGCAACGACGACAAUGACAGCAACGAUGACAACAACAACGACAACAACACAAAGACGACAACAGCAAUGAUCAACAAUGACAACAACGACAACAGCAACGACGACAAUGACAGCAAUGAUGACAACAGCAACGACAACAACAACAACGAUGACAACAACAAUGACAACAACAGCAACGACGACAACGACAGAAAUGAUGACAACAGCAACAACAACAACAGCAGUGAUGACAACAGCAACGAUAACAACAGCAAUGAUGACAACAGCAACGAUAACAACAGCAAUGAUGACAACAACAAUGACAACAACAGCAACGACGACGACAGAAAUGAUGACAACAGCAACAACAACAACAACAACAGCAGUGAUGACAACAGCAACGAUAACAACAGCAGUGAUGACAACAGCAACGAUAACAACAGCAAUGAUGACAACAACAAUGACAACAACAGCAAUGACGACGACAGCAAUGAUGACAACAGCAAUGACAACAACAACAGCAAUGAUGACAACAGCAACAAUGACAACGAUGACAACAGCAACGAUGACAAGAAGAACAACAGCAACAGAAAGUCAUCUGAGGAAACCUGA